AUGCCACCCAAUUCAUUUUAUGAGUGGGUGGCUGGCCAAAACGCACCUCAUAGUUCGACGCCUAAGAAACCUCGUCCAGUUCUUGCACUCCAACUCGAGACUGACGAUGAAUACGAAUCCGACAUUUUGAAGCUUACAUAUCCUAGAACGGGACGAACCAGACUGCCCCGUGGAAAGAAAGUUCGAUUCACAGACAACGCCCAUCAGGUUGAAGCCAAGGAACCACGUUUCCAGUCCUCGCCUGACGUGGACACAGAUGCUAGCAGUACAGCGGUUGAAGUUAAUAGCAGCGAUGAUGAAGCGGCUACAGACGAAGAUAUAAUCCUAGAUUGUCCCUGUACGAACUGCAUUGCAGCGCGGAGGAGAUUGAAGAAGACAAAUCAGACUAAAGGAAAAAGCAAGAAGCAACAAAACGUCUCGACCGCGGAUGGAAGCAACAACGCAGCUGCUGUACACGCCAGACACAAGGCGAAGAAGGCUAAGGAAGCAGAAGCACUAAAUUCCAAAGGAGUAAAUAGCAAACGAAGACCUAAACAAAAGUCCAAACAUGUCAGUAAGAAGUCUGAUAGUGAAGUGGAGACAACGGAAACUGAGACUGAUACCGACGCUGGGACUGGCGAAGAAACUGGAGGUGAAAGCGAGUCCGAAAGCGAGUCCGAGUCUGAGAAAGAGCCUCACAAGGGAAGAGGGAAGAAUAAGGACAAGCAGAAGAAGCGGAAUAGCCAAAGCAAGAAAACGAAGCAGGGAAAACAGAAUAAGAAAAAGAAUAAACAAGACAACCAGAAUACCAAGGAAGGAAGGUCGGACAGCGAGGACAAGAAUGAAAAACAAGACCAGCAAAAGGAUGGUCGUAAGCAGGGUACAAAGGAGAAAGGAGCAUCUAAGCAAGACAGCUUAGAUGAGGAUAAGAUUCUUCAGGAGGCCGACGCAAUCAAAAAGAAGCGAGCAGAAACGAAUCAAUAUCCACCCCAGAAUCCUCCAUAUGCACCCCAGCAAGUAAACUUCCUUAUGCCAUCUCAUGCUCGUAUGUUGCAGGUUGAGCACGCUGUCGAAUUACCCAAUGAUCCUCGACCAAAUGCUUUCUUUGAUGGGGUACACGGAAUCAUGCGAGUAUAUCAUGGACCGCAUUACGGUAACGCAUAUGGACAACUCUACCCCAACGCACCAUAUGUAAACCAGAACCCAACCGUCAACGUGUCAUACCCAGUACAUAAUCCGUGGCAAGCUGCUGGGUUCCAGUCCUUCCCUGGAGGACAGCCUCCGCUACCUCCACCACCACAACCACCACCUUAUCUCCCCCAGCAAGAGCCUUCCCAACAUCCUCCAGCCGCGACUCGGAGAGCGCCUGCAGAUAAUUCCUGGUUCCAAGGAUAUGGUAGCGUGACGAUUGGUAAGCCUCCUGAACAAGCCCAGGAAGCCAAAGGCUCUAAUUUUACACCAGACCCCGGCCGAAAGAACAACGAAGAUUGGUCUGAACAACACAGUACACCUACCAAGAAGCCUAUGAAGCAGGUAGAAACAAAUCCAAGAAGUGAUCGCGGCGGAAAAUCGAAUGUCAUCCCGAGUAUCGAGAUUACCGACCCCGAGAAACCUCAGGGGAACGAAGGGGCUAAGGGCAAGUCAUGGGGCAUUCAGAGUGAUCAUGGCUCGCAAAAGGCCUCGGAAUCCAAAGAGGGGGGAAAUAAUGAUAGCAAGGAUACUAACAAGGCUGGGCAGUCUGGAGGAGGCGGGUUCUUUGAUGAUGUGAUUGCAAAGGCAGAACAAUUAUAUAAGACCAACUCGGAACGCUUCAGUCCUGCACCCCAAAAUGACGGUAACCAAACCAGUAACGGAAAUUUUGGUGAUAACAAUGGUGGAGACUGGGGAGGUGUUACCAGCUGGGGGGACGGCAACAAUGACGCUACUGCUGGUGAUAAUUCAUGGGGUGGGAAUGAUGCGCAAGAAACCACUACAGGGGGCACAGAUCCAUCCAAACCGGCCGAAGAUAAUAGCAAUGGCAAUUCUUCCGAACCGGCUGGAGGCAAUGCUAGUAUUGAUAAUGUGGCGGUACAUGGUGAUCCGAGCGGCAAAAAGGAUGGCGACAAUGGCAGCAAAAAUGGUAGGAAUAAUGGCGGCAAGAGUUCUAAGCGCAGUACUCCGCCUAAGGGACCGCCUGGGUGCUGGGUCAGUAAUCCACCAUCAGAGAACGAGGACUCGAAACCUCGCGCCAGUCCGGACAACGUCGGACCCCCUACUAGUGGAAACGGUAAUGACAAGAAAGGGAAGGGAAAGGGGAAGCAAAAGGAAAAAGGCAAGUCUGAGAACAAACAGGCUUCCGGGAGUGGUAACGGUAACGGUAACGGUAACGGCGGCUGGGGCACCAACACGGGCUGGGGAGACCCGGACGUGGCUCAGAGCUCCGGCGGCGCCUUCGACGACGACGAUAAGAACAAGGAUGGCAAGGAGCAGCAGAACGUCGAAUGGUAGAGCUUAUACGAUUACGCGCGCUCUUCUUUCAAACUGUGGAAAUAGUCAUUCCAUGAUCAUCCUUCAUCCCUAUUUACACCGAAUCAGUUUCCUAGGCGAAAUCCCGGGGAAGCUCAUGGUCUGACACAAUUCUCGUUUAUGGAUAGAGCUGCUAUCAAUUCGCUUGUAUUAUAUAUUUCUCCUUGCUGUUUGGUAUUACAUACUCGGACAGGCGUUUUGGUCGGCUAGGGGAGGGAGAUAUCGAGGCCGUUAUAUGGAAUCAGGGGAUAGGGGAAUCAAGAACUAGGAAUUAAGGAAAAGCUAGCUA